AAAAGAAACAGUGACAGGUUUAUACCUGACGUCCCACAAGAUAACCGACUGCAUGUCGGUAUAUGACGUUGUACAUCGAAGUGUACGCGGCAUAGUUAAAUCUUCUCUCCUCAUGUCUUCAAUUUCACGCCUCAUUCACAGACAUGCAGUCAGUAAUCAACCAUGGCCAGCUAUUUAUUUUGUCUCAACCAGGUAUCGCCAUUAUUCCAAGGGUUUCAUUCAAAGUCUCAUUAAUAAAGUUACAGAAGAAUCAAACAAAGACACUGAGUUAAAAGAAAAUAUAAGAAAGUUUCGGGAAGAAACAGCAAAGCUAGAGCAAUCGAAGGAGUUACGCUCCGUCCGAGAAUUUUAUAAAAAAAUAGAGAAAGAGAUUCCCACUGAUACUGUAGAAAGAGUUCGGGAUACAUUUAAGUCUGUCAAAAGCAAAAUUCGCAAUGACGCUCAGCAACUCGCUCAGAAUGAAACACUAAGAAAAGGUGUUCAAAGUUUAUCAAAAGCCGGGGAGCAUGUGAUAGAUGCCACUAAAUCACUAGGUGAAACAGAAAUUAUGAAGGCUGCUAUGAAGGGCGUUGAAGCAGUUGGAAAAGAAUUAGAUUCAGACAGGUCUCGAAUGUAUCAACCCCCAGCUAUUUUAAAAACUAGAAGUGAAGUGUCUGGAAAGAAUGAGGAGCGAUUAAUACAACCGGAUAGUGAAAGUUCUGGUGUCGUCUUACACAAAGAUUCAAAAUGGUUCGCUGCGUGGCAAGAUUUCAAGGAAAACAAUCAGUACGUUCAAAGAUUUUUUGACCUGAAAGCUCAUUAUGAAGAAAGUGAUCAUUUAGCUAUUCGAUCAUUACGGUUCGUAACUGAUAAACUAUCAAACCUGUUUGGUGGUCUUAAAUCACCAAAUGAUUUACAACAGGUGCUGGAUGAAAUUACAAAAAUGGACCCUUCUUUUAAUUUGGAGUCUUUUAUACGUUAUUGCCGAUUUAUCGUUAUUCCGAAUGUGCUUGAGGCUAUUGUAAGAGGAGACUUACAUAUUCUCCAGGAUUGGUGUCAUGAAGCGCCGUAUAAUGUGCUCGCAACACCGUUGAGACAAAUUAAGGAAUUUGGAUAUAUCUCUGAAUCUCGUAUACUGGAUGUACAUAAUGUUGAUGUUCAAAUGGGCAAAAUGAUGGAACAAGGACCAGUUCUAUUAAUCACAUUCCAAGCACAACAAAUAAAUUCUAUUCGUGAUAAAAAUGGAAUUGUGCGUGAAGGAGAUGCAAACAAAGUAUUACGUGUGACACAUGUUUGGGCUUUGUGUCGUGAUCAAAAUGAAAUGAAUCCAUUAGCAGCUUGGCGUGUAUUAGAUAUUGCCAUGAUGCCAUCUGAACAAUGGAUGUAAUAUUUGUCUUGUAUUAUCACCGAAAAUUGUACAUUUCAAAUGAGAAUUGUCAGAUAUUGUAUUAUUAAUUUGCAAACAUUUAAAAUAUGUGUACAGCUUGACUACUUAAUCUUUGUACAACAUGCACAUUUAUGCAAACAUAAGUUGAUCAAUAUUUUAUGCAUAAUUUCGUAACUUCUACACGAGGCAUUUGUAUUUAAGUACUGAACUAGAUCUUAGUCUACAAAAUGAACGUGUUUCUUUUUCUUUUUAUUUAUGUAGUUUGGAAUCAUUUCUUAUCCACCUUUCGCUUCAAAGCAGUUGUAAUUCUUAAUUUACUUAUUUGUAAAACUACAUAUUUCAAUGUUUCACAACAGAUAAGAGCUGAUGAAUUGAAACCAAUGGAGUGAUCACGUACUAGAUAUAAAGAGCACAUGCAUAAAAAGUUAAUGUAACGAAAUCUUUAUUGAUCUUCACAAGCCAACAUUUUGUAUAAGUGUAAGGUCACUUAUGUAUUCCACUUUUUAUUGGUAAUAAAAAUACUGCUUUGUCGAGUCAAAUUCCGAUAUGAAUAGUUCGAACGAUAAUUUUUUUCUGUUGACAAAUUCAGACAUCUCUUUGAUGAAGAAUCAGUCUGAAAGGCUACUACA